AUCCCAUUAGGUGUCUUUGUCUGCAAAUUGACGCAUUGAUCCAUUACUAAUGAAGUUUGUUAAUCAUCUCCAAAUGUGCCCGGUUCCUGAGGCUGGUUCAGCCAUCCGGCUCAUGACGUCACGUCCCGAUCUGUCCCGCUGGUGAUGCGCGUUAAUCCACGUUGAUUCGACCAACGUCUGGCCAACGACGUACUAAAAUUAUUAUUCACUCGGGUCACUCUGAACAGAAGCGGCUGGAACAACACAGGGGGGGGGGCAUUGACUGGUUCAUCGAAUCGGGAAUACGGAUCUCGCCUCGAGUCCCCAUGGCGAAUGGAGGAUAAGGUGCCUGCCUACUUUACUUCUCGUCUGCCGAGUCAACGCCACACCGAACAGAAUACUUUCACCGAGAAUAAGUCGUUGAGAAGAUCAAUCGGGUUCGGAAACGAACACUGACGGCUCUCCGUCUGUAUCUUUUUCUGUUUAGCCAGAAUGAUAACAGUGAUCGCCAUGUCAUCAUCGGGAUUCUCAGUCUCCCCCGCGACGUCAACGGUCCAUUCGCACACGGUAAAGAUGGACCGGCCGACUCCACUCCGUAACCCCGGGACAAUCUGCGUCUUUUCUCCAUUCGUAGGGAUCAAUCAGCACCGGCGGAAAAGCUCGUGGGUAUGGGUCACUGCGCCCAGGGCACGUCGUUGUGGAUCCAUCCCGAUACACUUCGUUUUUGAGACGCCUGAAAAAAGGCGAUCGAGCGUCACCAGUGGGACACCGGCAGACCAGGCAGACAGUCUGGAUGAUGACGAAGGGUGUGUCCGAGCAUGAGAUAAUGGACCUUCAGGAUGUUAUAUUAAUGGCCCUGAUCCCCCUAUCCACAUGCUCCAUAAUUCUAACUUGCUUCCGAUACGAUUUUCAUGCCUCUCUGCUUCUCCCUGCAGCUUGCACACCAUUCACGAUAAUUGUAUUAUCGUAAAGCAUUCUCAAUCCUCUUCAACCCGUUUCUACGUCCAUAAGAGGACGUGUGCUUUUCGUGACCUCCCGUGCCUACUGAAACUCCCGUGUCUCAAUAUUCAAGAGGAACGAUCAAUUUCCCCUUGAUCUCUCGCAUUGGAUCCGCUCAUAGACCCACAUAAACUGUUUUAUCACUCACAAUGGCGACUACCGACGGAUUCGGAUCUCAAAAGGUCCGUCGACUUUCCAGUCUUGAUGCCGAUCGAGCCGACCUCUACGGUGGACCCAACGUCGUCAUGCCUCCAAAAUACUUGAUGGCCUCUCCCCGUGAUCGUGACCUGAUCUCGGACAUUGAAAUGGAUAAAAAUCACUCCGACGAAGAGGCCAUUUCCUCAGAGGAAGAGUCUUCUUCAGUGACUACCCCCUUGACAAUCCCGCCAAUGACUGUGAGCGAUGACUUUGCUCUGGCCUUCGAUAUCGAUGGUGUCCUUAUCAGAGGUGGCCAGGCCAUUCCGGAGGCUAUUGAGGCCAUGAAAUACAUCAAUGGCGAGAACCCGUAUGGGGUUAAAGUACCCUACAUUUUCCUCACCAAUGGAGGUGGCAAGACCGAAAAAGAACGUUGCCAGGAUCUGAGUCGCCAACUAGAUUAUGAAGUCUGCCCUGGACAAUUCAUUUGCGGGCAUACUCCCAUGCGUGAAAUGGCCGAACGAUACGACACCGUCCUGGUUGUCGGCGGCGAAGGCGAGAAGUGUCGCAUCGUCGCUGAGGAGUAUGGAUUCAGGAAUGUUAUCACUCCCGGCGACAUUAUCAAGACGCGCCACGAUACCACGCCUUUCCGCAAAUUGACCGACGAGGAAUAUAAGAACUCGCGCGUGCUUGAUCUGGACUCGGUCCACAUUGAGGCGAUUUUCGUCUUCGCUGAUAGCCGCGACUGGGCCGGUGACCAGCAAAUCAUCCUGGACUGUUUAAUGUCCGUGAAUGGCAAGCUUGGCACCCGAUCGGAGACCUUUGAUGAAGGUCCACCAAUCUACUUCUCCCACAACGACGUGGUGUGGUCAACGUCGCAUGAACACUCCCGCAUUGGUAUGGGCGCUCUACGCGCAUCGCUCGAGGCUCUCUACAAGGCCGUCACCGGCAAAGAGCUGAAGACCGUUGCCUUUGGAAAGCCGCAGAUGGGCACAUUCCAGUUUGCGACCAAACUCUUAUCAAAGUGGCGCAGGGAUUCUCAUGGUAUCGGCCAUGCCCCUUCUACAGUCUAUUUCGUCGGUGACACUCCCGAGUCUGACAUUCGUGGAACCAACGAGUUCAAUGAGAUCUCUGAGAAUGAAUGGUAUUCCGUUCUUGUCAAAACUGGUGUUUGGCAAGAAGGUACCAUCCCACGCUAUCCUCCCAAGAAGAUCGUGAACAACAUCUACGACGCAGUCAAGUUCGCUGUGGAGCGGGAGCAGCAGAAGAUCUACUCCAACAAAGGCCCUGCCAGAGAUGGUCUGCAAGAUUCAUUCCCGGAGAAUGGCUUGAAGGACUGAGUUUUUUCCUUUGAUUACGCUGGAUGCUGAUCCUUCUACUCGUUCGAUUCUGCCGGUUGACUUCCUCCUUGCCCGAAGACCUUGUCUCUCAACUGGAUCCCCAUGCAAGAUCAUGCAAUCCACCCAAUCUUGAUGUCCCCCUCACGGCCUGUCAACAAUUAUUCCCAUUCACCAGAUCCUAGUUGAUCUGUGUCUUUUGUUUAAUUUUCUAUCUUUCUCUUCUUCUGCAAUUCGGGGCCUGGGUGUUUUGGGGCCUUUCAAUUCGCAUUUUUGGGACUUGGACUACAAUUUGAUGAAUGAAUGAAAUGAACAUAGAAUUCCUGACU